AUGACUGCCCCUCGAGCCUCUGAAGAUAUCGCGGACCGCAACACAACCGGGCUAUCUGGGGUAAGUGUUGGCUCAUACGGCCUGGGAACCGCUCCUGAUACAUUGUCUCCUGUUACGGAAGAAGGCCAGACUCCAGACAAUUAUGGGCCUCUCUCGGUUGCUUUCCUCGCAAAGCUAGACAGGACGUUUGGCUUUACCCUGGCCCAUCACGGAGCUGCCUAUCUCACUCAGCACCAUUUGGAUCGCAAAAUCGACCGCGUAUUCAGGCAAAUCGUCUAUUCAAUCCGUACGACUUCUUCUUACCCAGACGAUCUCGGCGACCAGCUGGAAGAACUGGUCUGCAGGAAAUGUGAGUACACCCGAAAAAACAUGCGUGCGUCUUCUUUCAGGAAACGGCAACUCACCCUUGGCCUCUGUCCAGACAAGCUCACACAUUACCAAAGGGGCAUUCUGCAGCUCGACACCCCUACAAAAGCUGCCGUUGGUGAGCUCAACACCUUUGCAAAUGGAAAAGUCGGCGCAGACCAAGCCCGUUAUCUGUCCCAGGACCCCAAGGACUAUGCCAUCAUGGGCACCAUUAGCAAACUCGACUUGAUCGUGGGACAAGUGGCCACGCCUCCCGUAGGGGAAAAGCUUUUUGUACGUCUCUUGCCUCUGGCAUUUCCUUCAGGGCUAACCGAGACAGAAACCGCUGCUGAAAAGCCUCCAUCGCUCCCCGAGCAUGGACAUCCGCGACUACCCGAGCUGGCCGUUUCGCAUACUCUCGCGAACCAUCGUCACCUGCCUCCUGGCGGCCUUGUUCUGCGUCCCCGUCAUCGUCCAGGCCUCUAG